AUUGCAGUGACACUUGCUAUUGUGCUAAGAUUAGUGCUUGAAAACCUCUCUAAGGAUGGCGUAGAGCCUCUGAACGAAGAAACCGACUUUCUGCACAUACGGCCAUCACCACCAAGCGACGAGGAUCUUGAUUUCGAUUGGGGACAAGACAAUCAAGAGAAAAGAUGCGGUUCGGACAGCAAGAGAUUUUUAUGUGACCAGAACGUGAGACCUAAAAUUGCAGUCGACAAGCAAUAUAUCUCAUCAGCAUUGGAACACCAGUCGAGGUUAGCAGUCUUGAAGAAGGGUUCGAAGAUUCUUGGUUUCUUGCAAAACUUAUUGAGUACAGUCAUGGUUAGUCCCUUCGAGAAGCUUGACAAAGUUAAUGCUUUGUAUAAUGAUGGGUGGUGGGUCGGGGUGGUUAAAAAGGUUCUUGCAAAAGAUUACCCGAUUGUCGAAGAUUCUUUGAUUUCAGCAUUAUCAGAUGAAACAGCAAAUCCAAGGGAGGAGUGUCCCAGCAUUUAUUCAGAUCGGAGGUAA